ACUUGCUGUUUCCGGUUGAUGUCCUGAGAGCCGAAACCAAGGUGCAGAAGCGGCUUUUCAUGGCUCCUCUCCGGGUCCUGUGCAUUCACGGUUACCGUCAGAACGGGAGCUCGUUCCGGGAGAAAACCGGGGCUCUGCGGAAGCUGCUGAAGAAGCAGCUGGAGCUGGUUUACAUCACCGCACCGCUCACCGUGCGGACAGCUGCUACAGAAGAGGUUUCUAACGUGGAGAAUAAUUCAGUUCCAACAGCAGGGGGCGACGAAGAGCCCAGGGGCUGGUGGUUUUCUGACAUUCAGGCUCGGAGCUUCAGCGCUCAGCAGCAAUGUGAGAAAAGCUCGGGCCUCGACGACAGCAUAUCGGCAGUGAGAGAAGCCGUGAAGACCCAGGGCCCGUUUGAUGGCGUCCUGGGAUUCAGUCAGGGAGCAGCUUUUGUUGCCAUGCUGUGUUCACUCCAGGAGCAAAAACUGGAGCUGGAAUUCAACUUCCGCUUUGCCAUCCUUGUUGCCGGUUUUCGCAGUGCUUGUGAGGAGCAUCAGAAGUUUUACGAGGUGCCGCUCCAAAUUCCGUCUCUGCACGUGUUCGGACUGGAGGACAGGGUCAUUCCUGACAGCAUGAGCAGGGAUCUUCUCCCUUGCUUCCAGGACCCUCAGGUCCUCAUACAUCCUGGAGGCCAUUUUGUUCCUGCUGCAGCUGCUCACAGGCAAAUGUAUCAGGACUUUCUGAAGAGGUUCCAGUAAGACAACAUAAUCACUGAUUUUCUGUCAGAUGCUGCAACAGAAUAAAAACUGAAUCACUGGUAGAACUAGGUCCAGACACAGAUUGGAUCUGGAUCUGGACCUUUUUACAUUCUUUUGUCUUAUAAAUCUAAAAGAAUAAGAUCAGCUGUCAGGUGUAACCUCAAUGUAAACUUGCUCAGGGAAAAUCUAAUGUAAAGAGCAAUAAAAAAGAUUAUUUAAGAUUAUUAAGGUCUGCUUGUGUGAGGAUUUUCAAUCGUUUCUAUUAAUAUAAAUACAUGCAUACCUAAAGUAUUUGAAAUUAAAUUAAAAUGGUGUUUAAAUGUAUGGGAACUUUAAGGUAUUCAACUGUAUUUCUGUAGUUUGUGGUAAAAAGAUUAAUAUGAUGACACAUAAUUAUAAAAAAUACUCAACAAAAGCUAAACAAAAAAGUAUCCUUCACUAAUUAACCUGAACACUAGUAAAUGAUGAACAUAGUGGAGGUAAUAUCAUGCUGUGGGAAUGCUUUGCAUCAGCAGGAAGCUGGUCAAAGUUGGUGAGAAACUGGAUGGAGAUAAAUCUAGUUGUUACAAGAUGUUGAAGACUUGACUGGGUCAGAGACUCACCAUCCGAUGAAACAUAAUUUAAAGCAGAGAAAGUCUGGCAAGAUUUGAAAACACUCUCCAUCAAAUUGAUCUGUCUUGUAAAUGACAGGUAAAAAUUAAUAGUCUGAACAUUUUUUCUAAAGCAUUUUGGUUUUUCUAUAUAUUGAUGGUUUCAAAGUUAUUUUUUUAAUUUAUUUUUACAUUUCAAGGAUUAUUUUAGGGAUUAUUGUGGAAUUGACUAAAAAACAAUAAUCCCUAAAAUGAUCCGUUUCAAACAUCCACUCAGCCUUUUCAGCAGCAGAGUUACUCUGGAAUCAUAAGUGGGUUUUUUUUUCCUUUAAGCUUUUAGUCACAUCUUCUCUUGUUUAUAAAAACCACAUGACACCCCCUGAAUUUUUUAUUUUAUUUAUUUUUUGCUAACAGUUGCAGCACAAUUGUUGAAAAGUGCUGACGGAUCUUUAUCACAACCAAAGUCGAAACCCUGGUUUAUUAGGUUUGACUCUGCACAGCCUGACUUUGGCACACAUCCUGAGAAUUACAGGAAUGAUUCUGUGACUUUAGUUGAUGAAUGAAGAGCUUACACACACACACAGACAGGUUUGUGGAGAGGCAGAAACUACACAGGGUUCAAGUACGUGUUGUUCUUUUGUAGCUGAAGCAUGUGCACGUCAGGCUCCUCUCUUUCAAUUGUUUCCAGAUGUGUGCUUUCUCUGUCUCCCUCCUCUCGACCUCGCUCUCCUUUUCUUUCAUCUCAUCUCAGAUUCUUCCUCAGCAUCAUUCUCUGUCUUGUUCCGUACACAUUUAACUGAAGCAUACGUUUCCUACAUUUCUAACACGAGCUCCGGUUUGUCGUCAGGUUUCUUCAUUAUGUCCCACCAGAUGUCUUCUCAGAAUGAGUUCUUAUUUACAGCAGGUGGCAUUCUCAAAAAUCUCCAUAAAACGAGGAAGCCACAAGCUUGAUUGUUGUAUGGCACACUCUGUUUAUAGUUGUCAACAAAUGUGAAAGGUUCUGUCUGAGACGAGACAAAAGUUUAGAUUAGUGAUGUGAUUUUGCUUAUUGCUUUUGACGGAUUUACAACUAUGAUUGUUAAAAACUCAUUAUGCACCAGAACUGAAAUCCUGUGUACUUCUUAGUGAUAAUUCUGGUUGUUUUAAACACCUUGUCCAGCCAAGAAAUUGAUAAUCAUGAGUGACAACUUAAUCUAGAUCUUUGUAAGGUGUUGAAUUGUUUCUUUAGUGGCAGAUCUUUGUGUUGAGAGAUGAUUAGGAAUGCCUCUUUUUUGCCUUCUGUUCCAUCUCAGAUUGUAAAAAAUGUUAAACUCAAAACCUGUUUGAUUAAACUCCUCAAACACUAAUAAACUCCUCAUAAAUAUUAGAUCUUUACUCAGUGCAGAUCUAUUGUCACAAAACGUACCUUUAAUCUGUAGUCGUCCAGUAGAAUUUGAGAAGUAGUUUGGGGUUGUUUUUGCUUCUCUUUCUUUCAUCAAUAAUUAGUUUAAUUAUUCAGUCAGUGAUUAUUGAAGAUUCAGCAAUUCAUCCUUGGUUUUAUCUUAGGAAAUAAAGGGUAAGAAUUCAUCAUCCAGAUGGGUUGAAAAACUAUAAAACAUUUUUUUAAAAGCUUGUGAGACUGAUUUGUGAUCAACUGUGUUUAUGAUACACAGCUAUAAACCUAAAUUGCUCUGUUAACAUAAAAUUCCACCAUAAAUGCUCCACAUUAGCUCUUGUCUUUCACAAACCUGCAGUGACUCACUUAACUUUUCAUUGGGUUUUUUUUGUUUGUUUUGUUUAUUUUUGCAUUUAAUUUGCUGUGCACAUCUGGGGGGUUUUCAGCUUUUCAGCCACUCAUAUUCACUCUCUCCAGAGUUCCCUUGUGGCCCUUGUGUCCCUCCAAGACCUUAUAAGACACAUGCACACACACUCGUACACAUGGUUUUGAUAACAAGUGGAGUGCAAUGGAGAGAGUGAGUGAGGGAAGGGGAAACAGUAAAAGAAAAACACAGAGGGUCACCAUUGCCAGUAAGUUUUACAACAGAGCCGUGACUCUCUUCUCAGGAAUCCGUUCCUCCUGUUGCACAACAGACGGGAAAUAAUGGAAUGAGACAGAGACGGAUGAGGGUGGAGUUACCCAGCCUCUCUCUUCCACUCUCUGCAGCUGAAACAGGGGAGAGCGAGGACACGCUUUAAGUUUUCUCCACCACCAAGCUAUCACUUUUUCCCCCAUUCUUCAGCCUCGGGGGAGUUGAAGCAGGGAGCCAGAGGGGUGUGUCGGGGCACAGAUGGGCUCUAUUUUGAUUUUGGAGCGUUUGUUGUUAUGGGAGAUGGAAGAGAGGGGAGGGGCGAUUUGGAGGCGUGCGUGUCUAUAAAAGAGUUGAACUUAAACUCCAAAGAGCCUGGUCAUCCCACGGGCCAGGACACGGAGAUGAGACCAAAGCUGACCAUUCUACCUGGGAUAAAACCUUUGAUCCAUUCAGCUGAGGACUUUAUUUUUUAAUCUACUGGCCAAACAACUUUUGGAUUUAAAUUCAUUUUUUAAUCUGCUCAUCUGUAUUAUUGUCCUUUACCAUUACAACAAUCAGCAAGAGGAUGCUGAUCAUUGUAAAGCUUUUAGUUUAAGUGACUACUUACCCACUUGAAUUUGUGCGCUGCUGCAGAGGAUGAGACAUUGCAGAGCUAGGGCCUGUGUCCAGUCUUAACAUGGGAUUAAAACCAUGCCUCUUUAUUUUCUGUCUGUUUCUGUGGGUGACUGGGCUUCGCUGUGAACAGGCCUGCCUGCCUGCCUGCACAGUUUACCGCAGAAGAGGAAAAGAUGCCUCACACUGUGAGGUCGUGCUGGAAGGAUCUGCCGUGUGUCUGGCACAUGUGGCGCGCGCUGACAAAUAAAGAGCAGGAACAGAUGGGAGCCUAUUUAAAGAUAUAUCAGAGCUGAUGCCCAAAGGGGAUUCCUGGCUUUGCUGCUCUGAAGUAGAGCCGCUCUGGUCUGGUAAACAGAGAGCAGAACAGGUGCUGGAGCCAGCUGACUCAUCUGUGCAGCACAUACUGGUUGCAUUGAUCACUGUACUGUAAUGAAUAAACAACAUGCUAUACAUAAUAAAGAAAAAGU